GUUGUCAUUUAUAAUACUUCUCUGAUCGGUGUAGUCGGACGUUCAUUGUGCGGCACUUCGUUAAACUAAGUUAAUUCAAUACAAUUGAAAUGUCUCGUACGUUAUUUUUCGCCACUUUUGCUGUUCUCGUAGCGUCCACUUUGGCUGUUACAUGCACAAAGCCAAAAAUAAAGGCGACCACAUUCACAACUCGGGAUGCCACAAUUGUGUCGCAGAUCGCCCUCAUCGCUGAAUUUUCCUUGAACUGUGCAGAGAGUGAUGCUGACGGUUUCCCCCUAUUUGCCGAAGUGAACGGACAGUUGAGUCCAGUAGUACGCAUCUCUGACAAUCGAUUCCAAGUUAGCUGGACCGAGGAUCCAUCAUCCGGUCGUGGUGAACGCGUUGUACGUUUGUUCGACGAGGAAGGUUUCGGUGCUGUGCGAAAGGCACAACGAUCGGGUAGCAAUGUCAAUUCACUGAAGGAAUUGGCUUCCGUUAGUGUAUAUCACUCUGGUGCUUACAAUGGUCCAUGGAUCAAUUCGGAAAUCUUAGCCGCAGUCUUAGCCGCUGUUGUAGCGUACGUUGCCUUUUCAACGAAAAGUAAAUUGUUGUCAUAGACAAGGUGACCGAGGACAAAGGGCUGCAGUGCUAGUGGUGAGACUGUGUGGUGUGUAUGCGGAGUGUAGUGAAUGAUUUUGAUUCGUUUUCGAAUUUUCUUCUUUUUUUAUUUAAUGUUAUUAAAAUUCGCUAUCACGGAAACACAAUU